AACCCGGAAGAAGCACACCUUCGCUCACAACUCGAAGUUGUAGCACAAGACGAAGAGUUCUAUUGCCUUGCUCAAUGACUGUCACGAUCAAUUACUUUUGAUGAUAGUAACGUGAACAAGAAAUCCUCUCAAGAUGUCUGGAACUGGGAACCGCGAAGCUGUCUUCCCAACCCGGCAGUCAUUGGGAUUGAUGAAGGCAAAGUUGAAGGGUGCUCAGACAGGUCAUGAUCUGUUAAAGCGAAAGAGUGAAGCUCUCACAAAACGUUUCCGAGAAAUUACGAGACGAAUCGAUGAAGCUAAACGUAAGAUGGGCCGGGUCAUGCAGAUUGCAGCAUUUUCUCUGGCAGAGGUCACCUACGCGGUUGGAGGAGAUAUCGGAUACCAAGUGCAAGAAUCAGCAAAGUCAGCACGAUUCCGAGUACGAACGAAGCAGGAAAACGUCUCUGGUGUAUUCUUGCCCGCAUUCGAGAGCUAUAUUACGGAGGGAAACAAUGACUUUGGCUUGACGGGUCUGGGGAAGGGUGGACAGCAAGUGCAAAGAUGCAGAGAGACGUAUGCUAGGGCUGUUGAGACGUUAGUGGAGCUUGCAAGUCUGCAGACUGCAUUCGUGAUAUUGGACGAAGUCAUCAAGGUCGUCAACAGGAGAGUGAACGCCAUCGAGCAUGUCAUUAUUCCAAGGACGGAGAACACCAUCAAAUAUAUCAACUCGGAAUUGGAUGAAUUGGACAGAGAAGAAUUCUUCCGAUUAAAGAAGGUUCAGAAGAAGAAACAACGAGAUACUGCUGCACAAGAUGCAGAGAUGAGAUUGAAGAAAGAGGCUAAAGCCAAGGCCGAUAGUGACAAGGAGAAUGAUGAGGCAGGACAACCUGAUAUUUUGGGUGAUCAGGAAGAUCAAGAUGUUAUCUUCUAGAUCCAUAUCAUCCCAUGGAUAGCCUGUUUCCUAGUAGAAUAUUUCGGAAUGCUGCAUGUAGUAUUAGCGGACACAUAUCCGGUCAAAG